AUGGCGCAAUACCCUCCAUCUACUCGGAUCUCGGACCCCGUCAUGAAUUUGGAAGCAUCGCUGGCUAGGAAAACGAUUGCUCCCUGCAAAGGUAAAGAAAUGAACAGAAGGGAGACCUGGCUCCAGAAAGUACAUACCGAUAAAUCCUCAGGUUCUCCCAACUUAGUGAAAAGGUCCGCUCAAUGUAUUACUCUAAUAUGUCAAAACAAAAUACUCACUCGCCCCAUUGGUGUAAGCCUUUCCCAAGUAGCCUGA